GAACAUGACAAGGAAGGUUAUUACAAAUGACGCUAGCCUUUGCGAAACAGAAAGUAGCUUUCAUAUGGACUUGAAACUUAUUUGACAAAAACUUGGACCAACAAUUCUCAAAAUGAGUGGUAAAGGAAGAAAGAAGGGUAAAUCGCCUGAAAAGACACCAACAAAAGCGACACGACAAUCUCCAAGAACCAAGGCACCGGUAACACCCGAAGCCAUGGAUACAGCAUCGGAACUAUCAAACAGUGCUGAGAAAUUAAAAAAUAACAAAUAAGAUAGAAAAAAUACUUCCUGGUUUUUAUGAGGAGUUAAAACUUCCCAAAGCGCUUUAUGAUUUGGCAGCAUCCAUUCAGAAGUCGUCAAAGAGUGUUCUUGGAAAUAAAGACGUAAAGAAAAAUUUUGAAGAAUUUCAACAGAUUUUUCAGGGUUGGACAACACCAGUGAAAGGACAAGAUCCAAAAAGCAAAAGUAAUAAAAGAAAACGUUCAGAUGGCCAGAACGGAGAUGAAAUAAUGACACCGGUAGAAAUUACUGAACUACAGGAAAGUGCAAAGAAAUUGAAAGAAGAACUAUCCAAACAACAAGAAGAAAAAGCAAUAUUGAUAAAAGAAAACACCGUGAGAGAUAAUUUAAUAGAGACCCUGAAAGACAACAAUCGAAAGUUAGAACAGGAUUUAAACAGUCACAAGGAAACGGAGACACACGAAAAGAUAGAAACGAAAAAGCGAUCAAUGGAAAUCGAAUUUUUAGAAGAGAAAUUGCGAAAAGCUCAUUCAGAAAUUACAAAACUGAAAGAAACAAUUGUGGAAAAUGAGAAAAAGUUUCAAAAUGACUACAAAAGAACAAACGACGAAGAUAAGUACGAAAAAACAGUAAUGAAAGAUGGGGAAGAAGAAGUUCCAAACGAAAAAGGUACAAAGUCAGAGGAACUUUUACAAGAAUUAAAAACCGUACAAAAUCAACUUAUUGAGGAGCAAAAAGCUUACCAGAAAACCAAGAAAGAAGAAAGACUUGAAAGGGAGGAACUUCAAAAGCUGAAGGAAGAACUUCUGUCCGAGAAAGAUACAUUAGCAAAUGAACUUAUCACAGUUAGAACGGAAAAACAACAGAAAAACGAAGAAUUAGAAACCGUACAAAAUCAACUUAUUGAGGAGCAAAAAGGUCACCAGAAAACCAAGAAAGAAGACAAACUUGAAAGGGAGGAACUUCAAAAGCUAAAGGAAGAACUUCUGUACGAGAAAGAUACAUUAACAAAUGAACUUAUAAAAGUUAGAGCAGAAAAACAACAGAAAAACGAAGAAUUAGAAAGCAUUGGUAAUGAUUUGAUUAAAAGUAGUGAUUUUAAUGAAAGAAAAACUCGAGAGUGUGAGGCUCUAAAGGAUCAGUUUGCGCAGAUGCAGAAUGAACUAAAACAGAAAAACGAAGAAUUAGAAAGCAUUGGUAAUGAUUUGAUUAAAAGUAGUGAUUUUUAUGAAAGAAAAACUCGAGAGUGUGAGGCUCUAAAGGAUCAGUUUGCGCAGAUGCAGAAUGAACUAAAACAGAAAAACGAAGAAUUAGACGAUCUACGAAAUAGGUUGAGCUCGUUAUCUGCUAGUAAGCUAGAUGGGGAUCCAAAUAUAACAGAUCUAGGAGACCCCAACAGACCCUUAAAACUGGUAGAAAGGUACCAACAGUUGUACGACAAUCUUUGGACCGAUAUAUUUGACGAACUUACGGAUUCCUAUACUGAUGUAAAUGACAGCGGUGAAAAGGAAAAAAUGGCGGCUAUGGAGAUCAUGUCAAUUUUUGAGAGAGUGCUACAGUUUUGUAAACAUACAGUUGAAGACCAAGAGAAAACUAUCAUAUCAUCGCUCAUGUGUUGCUCUCAAGACAAUCUGGAUCAAAAUGCCGGUAGUAUAGAUAUAUCAACGAUUAGAAAUAUUAGAAAAUCAAAUGCUCAGCAAACACUGCCAUCCAUUGUUCAGCAAUAUGCCAGACAAAAUGACCAAGAACUCACAGGCUUGAUGAAAGAUUUUGCAGAAGAGUGUAUAGCAAUUUGUUGGUUGACACAAGUACAAGAUCCACCAAUCGCCUUCGAGUUCAACUAUGACCAUGGGGUUACACUAGAUAAAGACUUAAUGAGAGAGUUCACAGUUUCUGGAGACAUUGUGGACUACGUUGUUUGGCCUACCAUGAGGCUAACCUUAGACGGUCCUGUGAUGGUAAAAAGUGUGGUGCAACCAAUCAAGAAAAAACGCUAAGCUUAAAAGUAAACUCAGGAAGUACUUUAUUGUGACCUUUAACGUUUCAUGUGGAAAAUAAACGGUUAUUGUUAAAAAUGUUUGAUGGAAGCCCAAGUUUUUUUGUUGAGCAGUUGUAAAGACUAUAUUUAAGACAGUAUGAUAUGGAUUGCAUUUAUUGUUGUAAUAUGAAAAUAAUGUGCUGAGCAGGAUAACGGAUUAUUUAUUGGGGCACAAUCGGUGUUUUUUUUAACCACAGCCAUAUUUUUUUCACUUGAACAUUUUAAAUUGAAUUCAUUUUACAUCCUAGCCAUACUCUUUUUUUAGAAAAUACACAUAUACAUCUUUUAUUCAUCUACCCCUUGAACAACCGAUACAUAGAUGGUUAUUAUUUAAAUACUAAUUUCCUAGAUCAGAUAAGGAAGUUGCAUAUCCAUAUAGAAUAAAGUUAAGUUUUCGUUGAAAUACUACCCGCUGAAAGGCAUCAAUCCAUUCAUGACACCACUUAACUUUUACUAGUGUUCGUCUGGUAAGCAAUGGUAAGAUGAGCUUUCAGAUAUUUAGGAAAGAGGUACUGUUUUCCCUGUAUAUGCUUCACUCAGUUGGUCAAAAUCCAUAAUAUUGCUAGAAGCCUAUAUUACAUACGCAAAACUAUGAUGCUAUAAAUUUUAGAACAGAUUGAAAGAAUAUUUGACAAUUACCCUGCUGUGAAAUUUAAUACAUGGAAAAUUGACCCUGCCUAUUUUAACCUCGUCAUCUGUUGUCUGCUGUAACACCUUGACAUAUUUUUUUGGUAUAGUUUGUAAAUCUUUGAUAGGAUGUUUAAAAAUAAUCACAAUAAUUUAGACAAUUGGAAGGUUUUUUUUCGGGUUUUCAGUUGAUUGAUAGCGUUUGAUUAUGUCAGUUUUUAUGGACUUCCCAUUUUUUUAAUUUGCCUUGAAGUUCGGUAUUUUUGUUAUACGAUUUUACAUUUUAUGAUAUAUUUUAUAUGAAAAGACACAUCUCUAUUGUUUUUUAAAUCGUUUGUUGACUUCAAGAUGCCUAUUUGGGAUUUUGUAUCGUUGGAAUACUGUCUCUUUGACGUGUAGACCACAUCUACUGUUAUUCCUAUUUACAGUAUUUACUUGUUAGUAUUUCUACAUUGCAGGGCUAGCCAUGACAGAUAGAUACUUUGAACAUUUGAAGCAUUUGUGCAUAUUAAUUAACAUAGAAAUCAUAAGUUUUAUACUAUUUAUAGUUUUUUUUCAUAUCUGAGCAGCUACCAUAAAAGUGUGUUUUUUUUUAUAGAAUUCAAUUCAUUGUCUCCAACAUAGUAAUUUUGAAGACCCAGACGUGUUAGCAAAUUAUAUAUGCUUAAAAUAUGUUUAUAUAUAUAUCUUCUUAUUUUAUAUAUUAUAUAAUAUAUAGCUUUCCUGGACAAGAUUUCCUAUAGCACAGUGUUUAUUUUUCUUCUUUUUUUAAACAGUUUUAAAGUAAAAAGUUAAAAACAAUUUGUAAAGCAUAUAAAAAUUAAAUACUGUUUAUGAUUCGAACUGAAUAUACAAUUACUUGCUGUCUUAUGUGUACAUUAUAAAAGUUGCUUACACGUAAUAAUAUGUACAGCCUUAUGUAUCCCACAGUGGUGUGGAGUGUCGGGCAAACAUAACCUGAUAUAACUCAAUUGUAUCAUCCAUCAAAUGCAUGAGCGUCUGGAUUGGGAGGAGGGUCCUCAAUUUCUUUAUUCUUUAUGUUUUAAACCAUUUUAUUCUAUUCUUUGUCUAUUUUGCACAUUCUUCUCUAUUCUUUAUAUUUUAACACCCCCAUAAUCCUCUAUUCUUUACUUUUUAGCCUAUAUUUCGUUUGUUUUUUAUUGUUUUGCCCUUUAUUCUGCACCUUUUGCCCAUUAUUCUCUAUUUUGUAAACCCCAUCCAGACCUUAUGUAUAGGUCCAUUAAAUUUUUUAAGCCUAGAUAUAUUAAACUAGAGGCUCUCAAGAGCCUGUGUCGCUCACCUGAUUCUACUUUGGUUUUGGAAAUCAUGUUAAAAUAGAUUAAAAUCAUUACAGAUACCCUAAUAAUAAGUGAGACCAAAUUUGGUUUAAUAUUGGCCCUGUAAUUUAAUAAAAAAUCCUGGUGGCCAUCUUGAACAGUAAAUCAGCAACAAAGUAGCAACCUCAUAAGAAACAUUUAUGCCAUGUUUGGUUUCAUUCCAUUCAGUGCACCUCUAGAAGAAGCAUUUGUAUGUAUUUCCAAUAGGGCCUUAUGUUAAAGGAAGUCCCCCCGCUGGCGGCCAUCGUGGAUGAAGGAUCAGCUUCAAAGUAACAACACUUAGUCAGCACCGCAUAAGGAACAUUCAUGCCAUGUUUGGUUUCAAUCCAUUCAGUGGUUCUCUAAAAGAAGACAUUUGUAUGUAUUGUCCAUAGGGUCCUUUGUUAAACACUGUCCCCAGCUGGUGGCCAUCUUGGAUGAUGGAUCAGCUUCAAAGUAACAACACUUGGUCAGCACUUCAUAAGGAACAUUCAUGCCAUGUUUGGUUUCAUUCCAUUCAGUGGUUCUCUAAAAGAAGACAUUCGUAUGUAUUUCCCAUAGGGUCCUAUGUUAAACUAAGUCCCCCGCUGGCGGCCAUCUUGGAUGAUGGAUCGGCUUCAAAGUAACAACACUUGGUCAGCAUCUCAUAAGGAACAUUCAUGCCAUGUUUGGUUUCAUUCCAUUCAGUGGUUCUCUAAAAGAAGACAUUUGUAAAUAUUUCCCAUAGGGUCCUAUGUUAAACUAAGUCACCCCUAGGCGGCCAUCUUGGAUUAUGGAUCGGCUUCAAAGUAACAACACUUGGUUAGCAGUUCAUAAGGAACAUGCAUGCCAUGUUUGGUUUCAUUCCAUUCAGUGGUUUUCUAAAAGAAGACAUUUGUAUGUAUUUCCCAUAGGGUCCUGUGUUAAACUAAGUCCCCCGCUGACGGCCACCUUGGAUGAAGGGUCGGCUUCAAAGUAACAACACUUGGUCAACACCUCAUAAGGAACAUGCAUGCCAUGUUUGUUUUCAUUCCAUUCAGUGGUUCUCUAGAAGAAGUUCAAAAUGUAAAAAGUAAACGACGACGACGGACGACGGACGCCAAGUGAUGAGAAAGUUCGGGCCAGGUGAGCUAAAAAGGAGGAGAUUGAUGAUUAUCUUGAUUCAACAGCAGUGACAAUGUUUACUCCAAGACUUCAACUUUAAAAAAAUCAUCAUAAACCUAUCUUUUUCAGGCGUUUUUCUAUUAUGAUUUUGGACAUAUUAAUAGAUUUCUAUAUUGCUUUUUUAUGAUCGAAGAUUUUUAGAAACUUAUCUUCUCAUGGUUAAGUACAGUAGUAACAGGGGGCGUAGAGGGCGUACGCCUCCCUUUGGUCGCCACAAACAAAUUUAUUACAUCAUUUUUGUUUUACGAUUUAUAUGAUUUUUUAGCAUAAAAUGGUCCAAAAUAUUUUUCGCCUUGCUUCGCUCGGUGGUAUUAUCCGUUUUAUGGAAUUACGGAUCCCUUUUAAAAAAUCCUGGAUCCGUCUCUGCCUGGUAUACUUUAAAAGCAUAUAUAUUCGGCUGAUACUUACUAACUGGUAUAAAACGCAGAUGAUAUUAAAACAAACAACGUAAAACUAUGUUAAAAAAUAUGUUUAUUAAAAAAUAAUGCAUAAAACCUUGUAUUUAUAUUCUGCAAAGAAAAUGAUAAGAAUUUUGUAGUAUAGUUUUAUAAUAAAAAAAAAGUAUUUAGAA